GCAAGUAGCUGUCUCCCAGUGAUGCAUAUGUUCCGGCCUUUCCUGGUCCCAAGGAUCAUUCACUUGCUCUUCUUCAAAGCUUGUUUUUCCUCAGUCAUCUUGUGCAGAAAGAUCCUACUUAAGAGCUGAAGAUCCUUCCACACAAAGAAAACAUUCCAAAGAACAAAUCAAGAUUCUGUACGGCCAAGUCCAAGCAGCAUCCGAGUCUUGACCCCAAGCAGGAAAAAUGAAGCAUAUUAUCAACCCGUAUGAGCACGCCAAUGACACGGCAAGAAAUAACUCAGACUGCCCUGAUGUAGUUUUGCCAGAAGAAAUAUUUUUCACAAUCUCCAUUAUUGGGGUUUUGGAGAACCUGAUUGUCCUCCUGGCUGUGAUCAAGAAUAAAAAUCUCCAGUCCCCCAUGUACUUUUUCAUCUGCAGUUUGGCCAUUUCUGACAUGUUGGGCAGUCUGUAUAAGAUCUUGGAAAACAUCCUGAUCAUGUUCAGAAACAUGGGUUAUCUCAAGCCUCGUGGCACCUUUGAAAGUACCGCAGAUGACAUCAUUGACUGCAUGUUCGUCCUCUCUCUGCUAGGCUCGAUCUUCAGCCUGUCUGUGAUUGCUGCUGACCGCUAUAUCACCAUCUUCCAUGCCCUGCAGUACCACAGCAUCGUGACCAUUCGCCGCACCAUCAUCACCCUAACGGUUAUCUGGGUGCUCUGCGCAGGGAGCGGCAUCACCAUGGUGAUCUUCUCCCACCGCAUUCCCACGGUGCUCGCCUUCACGUCGCUGUUCCCUUUGAUGCUGGUUUUCAUCCUGUGUCUCUACAUUCACAUGUUCUUACUUGCCCGCUCCCAUGCCAGGAAGAUCUCUACCCUUCCCAGAGCCAACAUGAAGGGUGCCAUGACGCUGACCAUCCUUCUUGGGGUCUUCAUCUUCUGCUGGGCCCCCUUUGUCCUCCAUGUCCUCUUAAUGACCUUCUGUCCAAAUAACCCCUACUGUGUUUGCUACAUGUCUCUCUUCCAGGUCAACGGCAUGUUGAUCAUGUGCAAUGCAGUCAUUGACCCCUUUAUAUAUGCCUUUCGGAGCCCAGAGCUCAGGGAUGCAUUCAAAAAGAUGCUCCCCUGCAAAAGGUAUACUUUUUGAGCCCUUGUUUGAGUAUUGUAAAGGGAUCAAAUAUCAUGACAGUCUGACAAGUACCGAUGCUUCUGACCAGCCUUUUCUUCUUUAAUAGGUGAAGAUGA